UUUUUAUUGGAAUUUGCCAAACAAAAUAAAAAAGUUAAAAAAAACAAACAAACAUAUUGUCUAGAUUUGCUUUCAGAGUCAGUCAGUGUAAUAGCAAAGCACGUCUUUCAAAUUAAAAGAUUGUGCAACGAUAGAGAUAAAUAAAUAAAUAAAUAAAUAAAUCCACACUUCCGCCAUGCUCGGAGUGACGUCAGAGUCACAUGACACGAAGACCCGUAUGCAAUGGGGUUUUUUUCCUUUUUUUUUUCUUCUUUCCUCCAGUGUUCUCUGAACCCGGCUGUUUGUGUGCGCGAGCGUGUGAGGGUGAGAGAGUGCGGGUAGGAAGAUGUUGGGCAGGGUGAUGGGGCAGCAGCGUGGAGGAACUUUAUCGGCCAAAACAUAAAGCCGUUCUUCACUUGACCUGACGGGAUUUUUGUGUUAAAAGGGACACAGGAGCAUUCUGAGUGGAUUGUUUGUGUGUGAGGUGGGAUGUUAUCGGUACUCUCCUAUGGACGGAUCGUUGCCAGGGCCGUCCUGGGCGGACUCUCUCAAACCGAUGGCCGGGAUUACAAACUGGUCACGGCGAGCUGCGGUUUCGGCAAAGACUUCCGUAAGGGCAUCCUCAAGAAGGGCAUGUGCUACGGGGACGAUGCGUGCUUCAUAGCGCGCCACAGGUCCGCCGACGUCUUAGGUGUUGCGGAUGGGGUGGGUGGAUGGCGCGAUUAUGGCGUUGACCCGUCCCAGUUCUCCGAGACACUGAUGAGAACGUGUGAGCGGUUGGUGAAGGAGGGACGCUUCACUCCCAGCAGCCCCGUGGGGAUCCUCACCUCGGCUUACUACGAGCUCCUACAGAACAAAGUACCUCUGCUGGGCAGCAGUACAGCAUGUAUAGUGGUGCUGGACCGGAGGAGUCAUCAAAUCCAUGCGUGCAACCUGGGGGAUUCGGGGUUCCUGGUGGUGAGGGGCGGCGAGGUGAUCCAUCGCUCCGACGAGCAGCAGCACUACUUCAACACCCCCUUUCAGCUGUCGAUCGCACCACCGGGGGCCGAGGGGUCCGUCCUGAGCGACAGUCCCGAAAUGGCAGACAAGUCUUCAUUUGACGUCCAGCUUGGUGACAUCAUCCUCACUGCCACGGAUGGUCUUUUCGACAACAUGCCGGACUACAUGAUCCUGCAAGAGCUUAAGAAGCUCAAGAACACAAAUUACGACAGCGUCCAGCAGACGGCGCGCAGUAUAGCGGAGCAGGCCCACGAGCUCGCCUACGACCCGAACUACAUGUCCCCUUUCGCCCAGUUCGCCUGCGAUAACGGCCUCAACGUCAGAGGAGGAAAACCCGAUGACAUCACAGUGCUGCUCUCCAUCGUGGCCGAAUACACGGACUGAGCUCGAUCGGCGGAGCUUGUCUUUCUCUCUCUCUCUCUCUGUCUCUCUCUCUUUCUUUAUCGUCCCGGUGUCUUCCUCUUCGUCUGCCACUCGUCUGGAACCGUCUCUCGCCCCCAUCCUUCUUUUCUGUUCUUGUCCCGAGUAGCUCAUGGGAAGAUAAGGAGAGCGUGGACUCACCUUUGUGGGUGGACAAUGAUUCUAUAGGAGGCUAUUUGUGCUCAUGCACCAGAGGAUUAUGGGAGGAUGAGUCAUCUUGCUCGUCCUACGCCUCCAUCGUAUGUUAUUUAAGCUGUAUGGUUUUUUUUUUUUUUUUUUUUUUUUUUUUUCCCUUUUCGGAUCGGAGAGCGAGCCGUGCGUUACCCAAGGUGCUUCUAAAAGAGAGCGCUCUCUCAGCGUGGACACUGUAGGGGAUGUUUUUAUUUUUAGCCCCUUUUAUAGCUGGGAGAAUGUAAAUCGUAUGUGUAAGAGCGUUGGUUAAGAUUGUCUGCUAUUUAAGAUUAUGCUCCUGUGUGUGUGUGUGUGUGUGUAAAUGGUGGGUUAACGUGUGUGUUUCAUGUCAUUCGGUUCAGCAAGUGCAGCUCAGGAUUGGGUGACAUGGCAACGCCCCCUUUUUUUUUGUAAAUUAAGCAGACAAGGCUUUCUUCUCGUGGUGAUAUUAAAAUGGGGGGCGUGGCCAGCGGAGGACAGCACAGAAGAAGCAGGACAAAGAUGCAAAACUGGUUUUUGGUCAUUUGUGCGUUUUUUUUUUAUUUUAUUAUUUUUUUUAUGGGGGGGGUUUGUUUUUUGGAGAAAGACUGUAAGCUGAUACUGUAAAGUCUGAGUGAAUUUAGCCUUUGUAUGAGACACAGGGGUUUAGAGUGGCAUUAACAGCUUACCGAACUGCAUCAUGGGUAAUUGGGUUUGUAGCUAGUACAGAGGUCUGUAACGUGCUUAAUAAUAAAUAAUAAUAAAUUUCCAUAAUAAUCCCGGCCACGCUAGUCUGGAUUAGUUUUAACUAAAGAAAAUAAAUUGUAUGUGAAUGGG